GAUGUUAUGUACUUCAACGUGUUAAGCCAAGACUGCGUUAUCGUGAACUCGGAAGAGACUGCACGUCUUUCGGCUGAUAAACGGUCUACUAUUCACUCCGAAUGGUCGCACUUACCAACUCUGACUCUCACAAAAAUUAUGCAUGUUGUUUGCCUUCACGGGUUCGGCAUUGAUUGUAUGACUCCUGGUGUGCCAUAUGGCGACGACUGUAGGGUCCAUAAGAAGCCGUGGCAUCCCAGUCCCAGAGCUGACGUAGUGGAAAUUUUUUACGCCGCACACCUCAUCGGCAGCUCCUUCACAACAUACAAGUCCAAUGCUUCAAGCUCCCAGAGCGUUUCGAAGGGUAAGCGCGACGUUUUUCCAAGUGCCUUAUGCCGUGACGUAGCCUUGCAGAGUCUCCCGGUCGCUUGCACAGUGGACGGGAAGUAG